AUGACUGAAUUAGGAAAUUAUCUGAUAGGCAAAACCAUAGGUGAAGGUACGUUUGGGAAGGUGUGUCAUGCCAAACAUCAAGUGUUGGGUCAUGAUGUGGCUGUGAAAAUUUUAGAAAAGAAGAGAAUCAAUGAUGAAUUAGAUAUUGAAAGAGUAAAGAGAGAAAUAACCAUAUUACAGAUGUUGCACCAUCCAAACGUGGUGUAGCUCUAUGAGAUGAUUGAAACUGACACUCAUAUUUAUUUAUUUAUGGAAUAUGCAGACGGUGGAGAAUUGUUUGAUUAUAUCGAUUUAAAGAAGAGGAUCAACGAAGUUGAAGCAUGCAAAUUCCUACAUGAAAUCAUUUCAGCCAUCUAAUAUAUUCAUUAGUUGAGAAUAGUGCACAGAGACUUAAAGCCCGAAAAUCUACUUUUAACAGCUCAAAAGAAUAUCCUGGUUGUUGAUUUCGGACUAAGUAACACCUAUGAGGAUACUCUAAAGACUGCUUGUGGAAGUCCAUGUUAUGCUGCUCCUGAGAUGAUCUAAGGCAAACCUUAUUAUGGAUUAUAAACUGAUCUCUGGAGUUGUGGUGUUAUCCUAUAUGCCAUGUUAUGUGGGUAUCUCCCUUUUGAGGACAACAACACCUAAGUUCUCUAUAAGAAAAUAUUGACUGCUGAUUUCCAUAUACCUAGAUAUGUUUCAUUAGAUGGCAAAGACCUUAUAAAGAACAUUCUUACAGUGGAUCCUACUAAAAGGUUUACUAUUGAAUAAAUCAAAUAACACAAGUGGUGGCAACUCUGGAAAUCUGAUGUAUCAAUUUUAACUUAAAUAGAAUACCCAAAUGACCCCUUUUAAGGCAUCCUUUAAUAAGAUCUCUUGUACCCUCAUGCCUAAUAUAUCGAAAGGAAUAUUUCUGAAGAUGUGAAGACCUGUUGCGAUACUGCUCAGCAAUCUAUCGAUAUUCAGUUUACAGACAAAGAUGACUUCAUUAAUAAGUCAAUCAUUAAAGAGGAAAUCAAACAAAAUCCUCCUCCUGAAGAUUUGAAUGAAGCUUUAGAUUAAAAAUUUGUUCAUGCUGAAGAUCAAUAUGAAUUCUAAUAGUCUAUGAGAUCAUUAACUAGAUAGAAAUCAAGUCAGUCAAUUUAGUCCAUCACUCAUCUACAUACAUAAGUUGAUUCUCCUUUAAAAUAAUAAAAUCUGCCUAUUACGACUAAACCCACUGCUCCAGCUAAAUAAUAAAUCUCUCAAAUUAAUAAACUCAUUCCAAAAAAGCCUGUUUUAACUUAAUAGCAACAAUAAACUUUAUAAUAAAAGAAACCAGUCACAAAAACAGGCCCUUCAAAAUCCUUACAUGAGCCUCUAAAUUUUGAGAGUAAAAUAACUAAAUAACCAAACACACCAAGUACUAAAUAGUCAAUAAACAAUACAUCAAACUCACAAAAUCCGUCUAUAAAUACUUCUAUCAUUAGUCAUCAAUUGAAAACUGACAUUCCAAAAAAGAAUUCUAUACCACCAGUGAAAUUGACUGUAAUUUAAGAAUAAAUUAAGGAAAAUAAGGAAAAGUCUCAUUCUCUUAAAACUUAGCCGACUUAAACUAAAUAAUAAUAAAUUUAGUAGCAAAUGUAAUAAUAAUAAUAAUAAUAAUAAUAAUAAUAAUAAUAAUAAUAACAAUAAUAAUAACAAUAAUAAUAACAAUAAUAAACAAAAUAAUAAUUUAAUAUAAACAAACCUUAAACUGUAUAUAAAACACCUAUCAAACAAAAUACUCCAUAAAUCAGUUAAACUAAAAGAUCAUUACAUUAAAAAUAGGCAGCAAGUCUACAAAUGGAAAGACAAUCCUUUCAUACUCAAUAAUCAGCAGUAGAAGAAAAUGUUACAUUCUAAUUUAAUGAUAAUCCAAAACCUACAAUUGAGAAUACGAAGCUUAUGGUCGAAAAAUUCACUUCGAGACUCAAUAACGUCACUAUCCCUUCAUCAUUAAAAUAAACUUAAAAAUAAGCGGCGGUGUAAGAUGUGAAAGGAAUUGAAAAUUAUUAUGGUCCAUUUAAUCUUUCUUUCAUUACAACAAAGCAUCCCUAAUUAUUUUUGAAUGGAAUCAAAAAGUAUCUAGAGGAGAAAUAUUAAUUUAUACAAAUACAAAAUAAUUAAAAUGGAUUCAUGUUCAAUAUUAAUGAAAUAAGUGGUGAUUUAAAAUUAUAUCGAAUAGAAAAUUUAGAAAUAUAUUACUGCUUGAUCAAUAGCCAGAACUCUAAAAAUACCGCAAAUAGCUCAGAAUUCAACAAUAUUAUCUAUGAUCUGUAAACUAAUUUUAAAUUUUGA